ACAAAGCCUUAAGCUGUAUGUGGUUCCUGAAUAGACAUGUGGAUUCAAUUUACUGGUAAUAAAAAAAGGAUGUUUAUGUUGUUUAAAUUAAAAUCAGACAUCAGCUUAGCUGUCUUUUAUAUUUUUUUAUCCCUUUAGGUAGAAUUUGUACCUAAAUUGACAAACUAUUUUCAAUAGCUACUGUAUUUUCUAUAGUUUGUGAAGAAAACAUAUUUUGACACGUUUUUACAAACAAGAAAUUGUUUUUAAAAAAUAAAUAAAACGUCACAAUACCGCAAUAACGCCAUUUUAUUGUCAUGAAGCGGCGUGUUGAGGUGGUGAGGCUGGCGCUGUAGACCCAGGAUGUGAUAAAUGAAUGAUUUUAAUGGGGAAUGUCCAGCAAAACACAGUCCAAAAUAACGGGCAGCACGGCUCGACGCCGGUAGCAACCGUAAAAAGGAAUGGACAACGGAAACGACAGAACGAGACACACCUGGGAACAAUCAAGGGGAGGACAGGACAACACUGAGACACAGAUACACAGGAAACUCAAAAUAAACACACAGAAAAACACGGAACAUGACAAUUAUAUUGUUCAAACGUGAGAACGACACAGUUACAACGCGGUGUAACCCUGUUUUCCUUUUACCUGAAGGACAGCUUCCGUACGCAGCUUUCAGCAGCUUACGACAAGCGUUCGUGUGUCUUGGUGACACGUUUCCGUGGCAACCAUGGAGCGCUCUAACACAAGCAGGAAGCGAGGCCGCGGACGAGGUAAGAGCAGGUAAACAACUUUUUUUAAAAACCACUGAAACUUUUGACGUUUUUAGCUUCUGCUGAAGCCUUAGGUCUGAAUUUUUUCCACAUGCGUAAUCUCUGAACGCUAGCAGUUGCGUACUAAACCAUAUUACGUUACGCAUGAAAAGUGAUAUUUGGUUAUGUUGGCAAAUGAAAUAAAGUCCUCCCUAGUAGCUUCACUUCUAAGGUUCUGCAGCUCUGUCAUUGUGGUUUUGCCUCGCAGGAAGAGUUCCCGUAAAGCUUCAUCUGGUGAGCCGGUACUGCCAGAUGUUGAUCCUGACAGCACUGAGCUGCUGGCGGAGGAGAAACUCUCAGCCCUCCAUAUAGCUUGCCUGUAUGGUGAACUGCAUACUAUCCGGCUCAUAAUAAAGGCCAGGCCGUUGUGGGUCAACCUCGGUGAUUCUAAAGGUCGCCGGCCCCUGCACAUCGUUCUGUCCUCACAGCGGUUCUCCGACACGUACACCAUUUUCAAAUACCUGAUGGAGCAAGGAGCUGAUAUCAACGCUGCAACAAAUUCAGGGGAAACCCCGCUGCACACUGCCGCCAGCAGGGGCCUCCUCAGCUGCACAGAAAUGCUCGUGAACGCCGGAGCGGAUAUUUUGGCAAGGGACAAAAUGGGACUGACGCCUCUGGACAUGGCGCACAUCUGGAACCACAGGAAGACAGCACGGUACUUGAAGCACUGCUUGUGGUAUUGCGAGAAGCAGGACGAAAUGGAGGAGACACAGUUGACUCAGAUGUUAUACAGAGAGCUCAUAGAUCUGGUCAAGCAGAAAAAUCUGAAUGAAAAGUCCCUUAUUGAAGAGAAGGUUGAAGAGUGGGCAAAGAAGAGAGGCUUGUCUCCGUUGAAGACGCUCACGCCCAGAUCCAAGGCGUCCAAAUACCACAAUAAGUGCAGCUCACCAGAGAAGAACAAGAGGCAACCAAAACCUACCAAGGGAGAGUCCAAACGCAUUCAAGAAAAGAAGGACGUCUCCAAAGCACAGCAGCCCCUCUUACCCGACAGUCCCUGGACUGUCUUUGGCCUCCACCCAGAGAAACCCUGCACAGACCCAGACCUCAGGAAAGAUGUCAUGUUGUUGAAGAACAGCAUCAACCAGAGGCUUCACUACAUGACCAAGUGGGACACAGCGCCUCACCUCGCUCCCGACCUGCCUCUGGACAAGAUUCAGAGAUUGUUGUUUCCCAGAGCGUUUUCUUCUCGGCUCAACACGUCACGGGACUUUGAGCCGCGGGACAUCAAGAAAGUCCAGCACAAAGGUUUCCCUCAGGGAAGGAGCACCUCUCCCUGGACAGAGGUGGUCAUGCACCUGGUUGAGGUCCUGGAGCUGGGACACUACUAGUCUUCCUCAUGUCCAGGCAAUAAAAUUAAGUAUAAAAUCCUUUAUAACAUCAUGGAGGAAAAACUUUGAGGCUUCGCACGUGGAUGUAGAUGCUGUUAGAACAAAUAUCUCUCUACUUUAGUGUCAACAGUCUUCCUGAGUAAAACAGCUUUGAUCAAAUAUCUAUCAGAUUACACAGUUUGCACAAGUUUCUUCCAUUAAACCCCCAAAGAGAUGAUUUGCUCCCAAUUGAUAUAAAAAAUAAGAUCAGACAAAGUGUUUGUUCCACAUUAAGUAGGCCGACGAUGCACAGUAAAAAAGCAGUAAACUUAUUUUGUCAGAUUUUAUUUUUGCUAGCAAUAGCAUCGUGUCAUAAUGUGCAAAUGCUGGGGUGUAAAUGUGUUAUACGAACAAUAAUCCUGAGCUCCAGAAAAUAACAAAUUUCUGCUUUAUCUUACAGCUGAAGAAGGUCCCUAUAGUGGACACACACUGUUAAAUUGAAGUUUUUUCCCCCAUAAAAAAAUUCCAGCCAUGAAGAAUAAUUUCCAAACUUUCCCAUUUUGCGUACAUUUCAACAAAAAUGUUAGAGGAAAAAUAUUUUUAAAAACUAAAAAUAGUCCAAUAUCCUGGUUGCACAAGAGCACACAUGACAUUUUUUGGGCUUUAAUGAAUGUGAUAAACCUGAAAUAGAGUUCAGCUGUUCGUGAUCGAUUUCCUUGACAUUUCCAUCCUUUAGGCCAAUGCGAGGUUACAGAGCAUUGAAAUCUUAUUGCAUAAAGGAGUCAGUUAUGAGAAGUGUAAGAAUAAAUAUACUCAUUGCUCAAUGACAGGAACCAAAACCAGAAGCCUUUCCAAAACUAAUUUAGACACUAGAGCGAAACUGGUCAGAGCCCAACAUGUCUGUAAAGUCAUUUCCAGCCAGUACAAGUUAUAUUCUACUCAUGAAAACACUCUCCUGUAUUCAUCAUAUGUCUGAAAUAUGGAGGAAGUGCAGUUACAGCACAGACCACCACCAACUGAGGAAAAUUAGCUUGGCCGUAGGCAUUCUGUUUAAUCCCGCUUGACUCUCAUCUCCCUCGAGUGCUCUGCCUGGGCUUUCUCCCAUUGAACUGGAUUCCUCCAUUUUCAACUGGGUCUAUGAGCGAACAGAAGAAGUUGAGAAUGACGUUGAUUCUCUGCUGUGCUUUAGAAUUGAAGUCAUCCUGUAGUUUCAGUAAUGGCAGCGGAGAAAGUGAAUAAAGCCAUUCAGUCUAUGUUGACCAAGCUUCCACAUAUGGAAUUAGCUGCCUCGUUCAGCUCCAUCGCUUUUCUGUUCACGGUGGAGAAUGGUUGGUUACAGCACAAGCAAUUUCCAGUAAACUUCAUAGUAUCAGACUGGGGCAUUGCAUGCAAAUCUUGGGCAAACAUUAGCAAAACAGCAUGAAAUUUAAAACCCCAACAAUUAGGCUGGCUAAAAACGUUUCAAGUGAUUUGUCAUGGUCUUGAAAAGUUGGAAUUGUAUAAGGAACGUGCAGACUUUUGAGAGCCGCUGCAUAUCCCAGGGUUUGACAAUACGUAGCCAAAGUGACAAAGCCAAACAUGUUAUGCUCUCCAGAUGCUACCCCAGUGAAAGCAGGGCUGGCGCAGGGUGAGUGAAAGGUGAGAAAACCUCAGUGAACUGGGUCGCCUGUCACAGAUGUAUGCACUUUCACUGAUCUGCCCUGGGGAAAUGAACCAGGAUCCAGGUGAGGGGUUCUGAACAAGCAUGCGAGUUUGAACCACAAGUCACAGUCUGUCAGCUGAAGGCGUUUGGUGGUCUGGAGUGUGUGUGUGUGUGUGGUUUUGUCUUUUUCCUUUACUUGACGGAGCACUUCACACCUCGGUCGGGGUCAGAGUCCACACCACUAUGAACCUGGUGCUCCCCCUGUGACCAAGUCACUUGAGACUGGAAUAACAUCAUCCCAUUCAGUUUGACAGGCUCACGCACAGAAACGCGUUCUGCGAACGGUGAAGAUCAACCGUCUGUGGUCGACUGGAUACACUGACCUUAUUGAACUGGAAAUUAUGACCGCAACACUUUGUCUCCUUUAAGCAUCAAGUUAAUUCCACAAAUUUGUUUCAUAAAAUUAUUUAUUUCACAUCUGUGUACAUACCGACCUAUGAUGAAUUUUGUAAAAAUGGUUUCAGCUGCUUUAGCGUUUCUUUAAUAAAAUUAGUUUGUGCAGCUUC